UUCACUCAACAGAUCUAUGGAUCUUAGUGUGUCUUUCUAGUUUGUCAAGUCAUGUAUGCUGCUGGUUUACUUCAUAUGACAGUAACUGUGGAAGUGGUUGAAGACAACUGGGUGUCCAUUUUGGGUUGUCGUAGUGGCAGCUCCCUUUUGUUGGGUCUUUUUGCUCUGUCUGUGAAGGGCUGCAAAUUUGAAGGUGGUCUACUUGUGACCCUUUUCGGUCUGUGGCUGUUGCACUCCACUUCUGUGUUUAGGUGUUGUUACAUUUGUUUUGUGAUCUGUCCACAUUUAAGGGUGGGGGUGUUACCACUGUAUGUGUUCCGGUUUUUCUCUCGCGUCUCGGUCAGCUCCACCCUGAUUAGUCAUCAAGGAAGUGCACCAGGCCAGUGCAUAGAGGUUAUUUAAAAAACCCUGUGUCAGAAUCAGAAGCAAGAUUUCCAGUGUGGGGACUGCUGGUUCUGCUGGGCCUCAACCUGGGAUUUUAACAUUGUGUGUAUUGUGUCAUUUGAUGUUAAUAUAUGUCAUGGUUUUUUGGGCUGUUUUACAGGCUUCCUGAUGUUGAUUCAUGUCAGUGAUUUUAUAUGGAGUUCAAUGUUCGCCCCUAGGGCCACAUAAUCGCGGGGCGUAACAAUACAUUACUGAAGAAUAAAGGUGGGGUGUGCUGGUUCUGACGAAACGAAAACAAAACAUUUCCCGAGCAUCAAUAAAACCGGUGUGAGCCGUCAGCCCAUCUCACAGCUGCUCUGCUUCCUGUGCUGUGAGACCUGAGGAUAACGCUGGUGAUGGCAAGUGGACGUGAAGCUUGAAACCAACGGUGCAGCCUGAACUUCAUGCUGCCUCAUUCAAGACCAUGGAUAGGCUGACUUCAAAAGACGGGAGAAGAGGAACGAUUAAUGGCAAUGAAACUGGCCAAGCUAAGAAAACCCACAGAAGAGGAGCAGGGCAAGAAAGGGAGGAGACAGAUAAAGGAGACGGAAUGUGUGGUGGAGCAAGAGGAGGUACAUUAGGAGGGAGGGGGCAGUUUGGAAGAGGAAGAGGAGGCAGGGGGCAGAUUGGAAGAGGAAUAGGAGGGAGGGGGCAAACAGAAAGUGGAAGCGGUGAUAGGGGGCAGAUUGGAAGAGGAACAGUAGUCAGGGGGCGGUCCGAUAGUGGAAGAGGAGGCAGGGGGCGGUCCGAAAGUGGAAGAGGAGGCAGGGGGUGGUCCGAAAGUGGAAGAGGAGGCAGGGGGCAUACAGAAGGAGGAAGAGGAGGCAGGGGACAAACAGAAGGAGGAAGAGGAGGCAGGGUGCAGACACAAGGUGGAAGAGGUGAAGGGGUGCAGGGAAAUGGAAUCAUUUUGCAGAGAUGUAACGAAAGAGAUGCAGGAGGAAGUGGGAGACAGAGCCGAGAAGGGAGAACUAGAGGGGAUGUUGCAAAUAGACAGAGGGAUUGGUUAGGAAGAGGGGGGCAUAGUGUGGAUGGAAGAAGAGGUAGAGGGGGUGAGAGAAGAGGUGGUUUCAGGGAGACACAAGAGAGGAAUAGAGGGAUUUCAGAGUGUAGAGCAGGAGCACCCCAGGGCCGUCGCCUGGGCUACAAAGCACUUGAAGAACUGUCUGGAAAAGACCCGUCUGUGGUGGCCAUCGCCCUCUCCUCUGACCCUGCCCUACAAGAUGUCCUGUGUGAGACAACUAUGAGGCAGGACCUUGUUGAACUCCUCUGCCUGGCGCUGAGCAAAGCCUUCAAAUCAGAUAGAGACAGAGCAUCUCGGCAGCGGCUGGCCAACAUCAUUAAAGAUUCUGGGUUUUUCCGCACCGUCCUGCCCCACUAUCUGGUGGGCAUGGGUUCAGAGUUUGACCCAGUCCGCAGGGCUCAGUACCCUCAGCAUAUUGAAAACAUCCUGCUUAUUCUGUCUGAGGUGCUUAGCACCUUCCCUACUGCCUCCGUUCAGACAGUGAGUCUGCUACUGACGAUGCUCCAAGCCUCCAUGAACACCCUGAGCGCAUCAGGAGUGGAGGUUCAGCCUCAAAUGGAGGAGAGAGUGGUUGGUCUUCAGGACAUGGUCCGUCACCUUGAGAAGACUGCCAGGGAGGGAGCCCGGCCCUCAAGGAGAGACACCUAUGCCCUCCUUACACCUGGUGAAGAAGAACAGCAAGAUUUCAGCCAAACAUCCAUCUGUCCGACUCCUGAGGAGUUCCAGCUGCAACACAAGCCCUUCCUGAGACCCAACAUCAUCUCCCAGCGCUACCCAAACACCCACCUCUACCUUGACACCCACUUUCGGCUGCUGAGAGAGGACUUUGUUCGGCCACUGCGUGAGGGGAUCCAGGAAUUGCUCUGGAACAAAAAGGACAAAGGAAAUACCGAUAAAACAAUGAAGACCAAGCGCUUUGAUAAUAUCCAUGUUUAUUUCGACACGAGACUGGUGACGAUCAAAUGCACACAGAAUGGCAUUUCCCACAUUGUCCAGUUUGACGUUAAGCCACUUAAGUCUGUGCGCUGGCAGGAUUCCAAGAGGCUGAUCUAUGGUUCCCUGGUCUGCCUGUCCUGUGAUAAUUUGGAGAGCUUCCUGUUUGCCACAGUCUCAGAUCGGGAACUCAAAGACCUCAAAAAAGGAAAGAUCCAGAUUACCUUCAUUGAAGAAAGCAGACUCAAGUUGGCUGGAAUUCAGAAAGAUCGAGUGUUCCUCAUGGUAGAGAGCAUCGCCUUUUUCGAGGCCUAUCGCUACGUUCUACAGGGCCUACAAGAGCAGGAGAAGGACAAGCUGCCCUUCCAGAGGUACAUUGUGGAGUGCAGCACCGAUGUGCAACCCCCGGCUUAUCUGAAAAGACAAGAUACGUACGACCUGUCAUCUGUUGCCAAUCCUAAAUAUAAGCAAAGAAUGAAGCCCUUUCACAGCCUGAAGGUAGACGCCUGGCCGAAAAUGGAGGAGCUGGGGCUGGAUGAGUCUCAGUUGAGAGCCGUCCGGCUGGCCCUCACAAAGGAGUUGGCCAUCAUUCAGGGACCUCCUGGCACUGGUAAAACCUACGUUGGUCUUAAGAUCGCUCGGGCUCUGUUGACCAAUGCGCAUCUCUGGAGUGAAGCAUCUGGCAGUGGUACCAUACUGGUGGUGUGUUACACUAACCAUGCCCUGGAUCAGUUCCUUGAGGGUAUUCACAAGUUUCUGAAAAAGGGCAUCGUGAGAGUGGGAGGCCGAAGCAACAGUGAGAUCCUGAAGAGUUUCAAUCUGAGAGAGCUGCGCCACACUGUCAACAUCAGAAACUUGUUGCCGUCUCACCUGCGUUUUGCACACAGGGAGAUUAUGACGCAGCUAGGUAAGGAUGAGAGGGAUGUCAUGAAUGAGAGCCUCAAGCUGAAGUGUUCUACGAAAGGCAUCCUGCGUGAAAGCGUCUUACAGAAGUUCAUUUCAAGAACACAUUGGGUCGGUCUGCAGCGACCAACCGUGCAGAAUUUUUUUUCCAUGGCCCGAAAUGUGAAGUCCAGUCUGAUGGAGUGGUUGAGUUUGGGUGCCACCGUCUUCCUGCAGAGGGAGACAGAGAUUGCAAAUACAAAUGGAGCAGCUGAGGAGGCGAUGGAGCUGUGGGAAGAUGACCUCAUCGAAAUCGAAGAGAUGGCUGAUCUGAUCCAGUCCGAGCGGAUCAUUGAGGACGACAGCGGUCCCAGUCGGGGUAGAGAUCGCAGAAAGGAGCCGAACAUGGAGUCGGCCGUCAGAGAAGUGGCAGAAAUGUUGCUGGUUAUGAACCUGGAUGAAGUUGAAAUACAGGCUGGGCAGAGCGAGGAAGGAUGGGAGAUGCAACGGGACCAAAGGAUAAAGAUGAAGAACAACAUCAGAAAGGAGCUGCAGAGUGGUUCAUCUAUGACUGAGGAGGAGGCGGUGAAGGUCUUAGAUAUUUGGACCCUUAGUCUCUCAGACAGAUGGAGACUCUAUCGGUUGUGGGUGGAGCGCUACAGGUCAGAGAUUUGCACCGCACUCCUAGCCGCUGAAGACGCCUAUCAGAACACAGCUGAACGACUGGCUGAUUUAAGACGGCAUGAGAGCCUCUGUCUCCUUAGGAACGCCAAGGUUAUUGGCAUGACCACAACAGGGGCAGCCAAGUACCGCUCAGUUCUGCAGGAAGUGAGUCCACGUCUGGUGAUCGUAGAAGAGGCCGCGCAGGUCCUCGAGGCCCACACCAUCACCACACUGAGCCAAGGGUGCCAGCAUCUCAUCCUCAUCGGGGACCACCAGCAGCUGCAGCCCAGCGUCACAGUGUAUGAACUCGCUAAGAAGUUCCACAUGGAGAUCUCCAUGUUUGAAAGACUGGUGGGGAUGGGAGUUCCCUUUGUCAGGCUCAACUACCAGCAUCGUAUGAGGCCAGAAAUUGCCCGUCUUCUGACCCCACAUAUCUACGAACAGCUGGAAAACCAUCCCUCUGUGUUCAAGUUUGACAACAUCAAGGGCCUGAAAACUAACAUAUUCUUUGUGGAGCACGACAAUCCAGAACAAACAGAUGGGACAAGCCAAAAGAACCAACAUGAAGCUACGUUUGUUGUCGCUCUUUGCCGCUAUCUUCUCCAGCAAGAAUACAAACCUGAGCAAAUUACCAUCCUCACGACCUAUACCAGUCAACUCCACUGUCUGCGCAACCUUAUGCCUGCCAGCAAGUUCGCAGGGGUCAGAGUGCAUGUAGUAGACAAGUACCAGGGAGAAGAGAAUGACAUUAUCUUGCUGUCUCUGGUCCGCAGCAACUCUCAGGGCAAAGUUGGUUUUUUGAAAAUCCCCAAUCGCGUCUGUGUGGCCUUGUCUCGUGCCAGGAAAGCUCUUUACUUGGUUGGCAACAGUGAAACACUUGAAACUGUCAAACUGUGGAGCAACAUCUUCCACACAUUGAAGGAGAACAACCAGAUUGGGAAGGCUCUCACCCUCUGCUGUCAGAAUCAUCCAACUCGACAAGUAGAAGCUGCUUGUGCUAAGGACUUCGAUCAAGCCCCUGAAGGUGGCUGCACUCAGCCUUGCCAGUUCCGUUUGGACUGUGGCCAUGUUUGCGCAAGCGUCUGCCACCCCUACGACCCUGAGCACAAGCAGUACAAGUGUAUGAAGAACUGCCAGAAAAUGUUAUGCGAUCAGGGUCACAAGUGUCCACUUGUGUGUCAUACAGAAUGCCCAGAGGCAUGUCCAGUGAUGGUUGAGAAGAUCAUACCUCAGUGUCAACACCCACAGAGGGUUCCUUGCCACCAAGACCCAGAAACAUUUGAAUGCAAGGAGCCUUGCCAGAAAAUGCUACAGUGUGGACAUCCAUGUAUCUCGACCUGCGGGGGACCAUGCACCACGAGGUGCAAUGUGCAAGUCACCUUGAAGCUAAAGUGCGGCCACAGCCAGAAGGGUGCUUGUUUUUACCGAACGGAGAAAGACGGGCCUAAUUGUUUGACCCCAUGUGAGCAGCAGCUAAAAUGUGGCCAUCCUUGCCGUGGUAAAUGCUCCCAGUGUUAUCAGGGACGCUUCCAUUACCCAUGUUUUCAGCAGUGCCACCGUCUCCUUGUUUGUUCACACAAGUGUGAGAAACCUUGCUUUCUUGAUGGCUCCCCAUGUCAGAGACCAUGUGACAAUUGCUGUGUCCACAGUAAAUGUAUGAGGCUAUGUGGGCAGCCCUGUACUCCGUGCACUGAGCCCUGCGCCCGGCAGUGCCCCCACCAAAGCUGCAGUAAGUUUUGCCAUGAGCCAUGUGAUCAUCCACCGUGCACCCAACCCUGUGCCAAGAACCUGGGUUGUGGCCACCGGUGCAUUGGUCUGUGUGGAGACAAAUGUCCAAGGAAAUGUCGGAUCUGUAAUCAAGAUGAGGUGAAAGAGAUUCUCUUUGGAACCGAGGGUGACGCUGAGGCUCACUUUAUUCAGCUAGAAGACUGUAGACACAUCUUUGAAUACACAGCGAUGGACGAGUACAUGGGAGUGAAUGACAAAGAGCAGGAAAAUAAAGAGGUGGUGACCAUAACAUUGAAGAGAUGUCCCAGGUGUCAGACUCCAAUCCGUAACAAUGUCCGCUACAAAUCUCACAUUAACCGCAAUCUGGCUGUGAUAGAGAUGGUUAAGCUGAAGGUAAAUGGACAUCCGCUAGAUGUUAAAAAGCACAGGAAGGCUCUUAAAGAACUGUGGAAGGAAAACUCUCUCACCUGUGGAGUAAUUCAACCAUUCAUUCAUCAGUACAUCAGCAAGAAACUGAAAGAGAGCGUUCUCACAGCAGAUGACCUGUGGGUCCUGGAAAACCAGAUGGAUUUCAUGACUAGAGUUGCAAAGCUACAGCUGAAAAGCACCAGGUUUGAGGCGGAUGUUGCAGAGUUUUUGAGCUGGCUGAGCGACCUCCACAUGAAAUUCACAGACCAGCAGGUCCUUGAUUUGGAGAGACAGCUACUGAGACUCACCUACUUUACCGAUCUUGACGUCCAUUGUUCUAAGGCAAACGCGAGAGGGGAACGUUCUACUACUCAGUUAGAGAUACAAACAAUCACAGAAGUUUUGAAAAAGAAUGGCCAGUUCACUGAGCAAGAUGAACAAAUAGUGAAAGAAACCAUAAUGGAACUGGAGCAAAAGCUUCCAUCCACAGGCCUGUGGCUCAGUGAGGAGGAGACUACGAUCAAAAUGCCUCCUGGAACCUGGGACAAAUGUCCUAAAGGCCACGUCAAUCUUGCAAGACAGUGUGGAGGGGCUGUGGAGAGUCAGUGGUGUCCUCAUUGUGAUGCUACUAUUGAUGAGGGGAGUCACAAGUGGUAAACGGCAAACCCAUUCUCCAGAUAAGGCACCGCAUCUUGCCUGGUCUGAACUACUGAGAGCCUUCUUGGAAACUUCUGUGUGAUUUUAGCCCCAAAUGUUGUCUGCAAUACUUGGUUGACAUGUAGAAAUCAUGUAGAAAUCAUGUAGAAUUCAGAGGGGCAGUUGUUGUAAGCACAAUGAGGAGGAGGGAAAGCGUUUGCCAAGUUUCAGAUCAUUCAAAAUGAAGUUGAGGAAACUAAAUGUUUUCUGUAAUUUAGGUCUUAAAGAAUUUUCAAAUGCUGUUUUUAUGUUGGUUAAAAUUGUAAAUUACUUUCCUCUUGGAGUCAUUUCAUCAGUAACGCUGCUUUGGUCCAAUGUUUGUACAUAACUUGAGAUAGAGACUGUGUGAUGCAAUGUCUUAGACAUAACAGAACCACCCUGCUCUUUAAAGUGACUGAAAGAUUAGUGUUAAAUAUCGUGUUACCUUUAAGCCUCUUCAUGUGAGAGGAACUAUGUUUCAGAGUUGAAUAAUAAAUGAAAGGUUGUUUACACA